UAAACAACUUGCAACAAAACCGCGGUUAAAACCAACGCGUUCAAGCGAUUCGUGGAACUGACGUCAUCAACCCGUGUGUCAUCUUGAACCAUAUUAUAACCGCGGCACAUAACACAGAAAUUUUGGUUAUCCGCUUGGAUUUGAUUUAUACUUGCUGUAAAAUGACAGUGACGUGACAGCGACCGUCAAUCCUGAAUCUAACCUCAAUUCGAUCCCAGUUUGAUUAAAAAAAUUGUGUAAAAAAUAACAGCAUAACUGCAAAAAAAAAUGAUAUGAAUUAAACUACAUUGUCGUCACAAUUUCAUUUCAAACAGUAUAACAUCUUUUUAGGCAAUAGUUUCCAUUCAAAUAUUUCCAUGAUGGUAGCCAGAAAUUGCAUGCAUUUUUCAAGAAGUGUCUGGCAUAACUUAUGCAGACUUGAAAGACAUUCUAUUUGCAAAGAUGCUAAGCAUGUUGAGUUGGGACAGUUACGAAUUCUACUUUACAAGAUAGAUAGCAAAGUAGGUAAACGAACAAUAUUCUGGGCAACAACUCUAUAUAACAGAAAUGACAAGCCUAUAUUAGAAGUGAUAUCUCAAAAUGUGAAAAAACCUGAUGAAAUAAAACUUUUGGAGAAUAUUAAGGAGAAAAGUUUGAAUACUGAAAUUAGUGGUAUUGGUAUACAAGAAGCAGGGAAAGCAAAAUCUCUGGGUAAAACUGAUAAAGAAGCUGAGGUCAAAGCAAAACAAUCGCCAAAGAAACGAAAACGGUUGGAUGUCUCAGCGCAAUCACUGGAAAGAAAUUUCAUCACACCGGUCAAGGCAAUGUCUGACUUCUUAUUGAAGCCGUCCGAUCUUGAAUCACUUCCAAAGACAAAACGUCGUUCUCCCUAUGAAAACGAACCUCCCAUCACAGUGUAUUGGAGAAAGGAUGUUGAGGCUAAGGCACUGGAGAUAUGGGACACCCAGGAGAAUCUGUUGAGAGAGAAACUGAAGAGGGAUAUUGAGAGGAAGAAGUAUCAGCAAAAUAUAUUCACUGUAAAAAGGAGGUUGCGAGAUUUCAGAAGAGAAAUGGGAAAAUCAACUGAUGUUGUUGAAGAAGAAGCUGGGCUGUUUGGAAGAUCCGGAAAAGUAGUUUUGACUGCUGUAGCAAUUAAUGGUACUAACUUUUUAUUCAAAUUGUUUGCCUGGAUUUAUACUGGAUCUCAUAGCAUGUUUUCAGAAUGUAUACAUUCAUUAGCUGAUACAAUCAACCAGCUUAUUUUAGCUUAUGGAAUUCAUAAAUCUGUUCAGAUUGCUGAUUCAUAUCAUCCUUAUGGGUACUCAAAUAUGAAGUAUGUAGCAUCACUUAUUUCUGGUGUUGGUAUAUUCUGUGUAGGAACUGGGCUUUCCUUUUAUCAUGGUAUUGUAGGUAUUAUGAAUCCUGAGCCACUGCAAGACUUGUUCUGGGCUUACUUCAUAUUAGGUGGUUCUUUAGUAUCUGAAGGUGCAACUUGUUUAGUUGCUUUCAACUCUAUCAGAAAAGGUGCUAAGCAGAUGCAGAUGACUGUCAAGGAUUAUGUUUUUAGGGCACAAGAUCCGAGUGUGAACGUGGUGCUUCUUGAGGAUGCUGCAGCAGUGAUUGGUGUGAUAUUAGCUGCCGGUUGUAUGGGUAUUUCCUCUGUAACGAACAGCCCGAUUCCAGAUUCGAUAGGAUCUCUUUUGGUUGGCUGUAUUCUGGGUUCCGUUGCUUCAUUCAUCAUUUACACAAAUGUUGCUGCUCUAGUCGGAAGCUCACCGACAGAGAUUGGCUUGUCGCUCUGAACUCCUGACUGUAGAAUGCUUUCAUCAGUAAAGCUGUGGAUUUGAUUGAUCGUACAGAAAAGGAUGUCGUUGAUAUGUAAGAGGAACAGUGUCGGAGCCAAGACCGAUCCCUGGGGAAUAGCCGCGUUGACGUUGUGGAUGGAAGUUUUAUCCAUCAGGUCGAUUCCAGAGGAAAAUUUGGAAAGGAUCAACCAAGAACUAGAAAAAGAUGUAAUGAUAAGAGCUAUACAUGAUGUAAAAGGUAUAGACAUGGGCAAUAAGUUAGUCAGAUACAAGGCAGAGCUAGACUUUGAUGGUAGAGAAUUGACUAGGGCUUAUUUGGAUAAACAAGAAUUGAACGAACUAUUAGAAGAGAUUAAAAAAAUUGACAAUAUCGACAAACUAGAAGAGUUUAUGCUAAAGCAUGGUGAAAAUAUUGUAGAUAUGGUGGGAGGUGAAAUAGAUAGAAUUGAGAUGAAAAUUAGGAAAAAAUAUCCGGAAGUAAGACACUGUGACCUUGAAAUACUCUAAAGAAGGUUUGGUCUGUAUCUUGACAUUAUGCUGUUAGCAAAAUUAUUUAUUGGAGACAAAAUACCCAGAAAUGAACACAUUGUGAUCUAGAAUUACGACAAAGGAGUUACAAGCCAGUAUAGCUUUAAGUGUAAAUAUUAAUUUAUAUUUUUUAUUAUAUGGAAACUUUGUUUCUAGUUAACAAAUAAAGAAUCUAUUGUCCGUCAGAAAGCUCUGUACAAUGGCCGACCAUUCUUCUAUGCGGAUGCAAAAAGCAACAGAUAAAAUGGAAGGAAAAUGAAGCUGACAGACUUCAGUAAC